AUGGCAUCGGAAGGAAGCGCCGGGAAUGAUCCGAAACAGGAGGAGCAGAAGGAUCCAAACGAGGGAAAACGCUUCUUCAAAUUCGUGUUUAAUGUGAACAAAAAGUGCGCAGACGAGACCGAGAUGACGCCUGAGUUUUUGGCGGUAAGAGCACAUACCUUGAAACUUCUGAAGACCACCCACAAUUCUAGGACGUAAAGCACUACAGCGAUUACGAUGAGGCGGUGACAAAGUGCAUUCAGUACACCGAGAACAUGUUCAUUCCGUUCGGAUCGAAAAAGAACGAGGAGGACUCGUUCUGUCGGGUGGCCCAGGCGCUCAGCGAAUUUAAGGCGCUCGUGCCGCCCAGCUACUCUGCUCAGAUCGACGGAUUCGCGAACACUCUGCGGGCAGCCAGUGCCUCGCGGAAGAGCCAUCAGGCCAUUCAGAGCUACCAACUGCGCCACUUGAAGCGCUUUCACGAGCACAACUACGAGGGGUUCGCCGAGCAGAAGAAAAAGUUCGAUGAGUGCGUUUUUCGCGGGAUCUAGAUCUACCGUCAACAUUUGUAGUUCUCGCCGGAAAAUGGAUCAAGCGAAGGCGGACGUGCGUGCCGCGAAAACGACGACUGCCAUCGAGAAGAAGGCAAUCUGCUACCAGUUGGCUGUCGACGAUUUCGAUCAGCAGACUGAGGAGGUGGAUUCAAAGUCUACAAUAUAUUUUCCUAAUCGUCCAUUCAGCUAAUCAAAAUAAUCGAGGCUCUUCCGAAGUGCAAAGCGGUUUUCGCGCACGACAUUCUCGUCGUCGUCACCAAACACAAGAUGUAUCACAACGACAUGGCCAAAUUUUUCGCCUCUGCCUGUCCGUAG